AUCCAAACUCAACAACACCCAUUAUUCUUAUGCCAUGAUACCACCACCACCUCCUCUACAUUACAUGCUUUCUAUACACUCAACACUCUUUCAAUUCAACAACACAUUUUCACUCCAACUAUUCCCUUUUUCAGUCUCUAUACACUCAUACUCUUUCAAUUCAACAACACAUUUUCACUCCAACUAUCCCCUUUUUCACAAUUCUCCUAAACUCAACUAACUCAUGGGUGUUCCAAUUCCACCCGAUAAUCUGACCCAAAAAGCAGCCAUGAUGAGAGAAUCACUGCACAAGACUCAAUCAAUCACUGAUAACAUGGUUUCCAUUUUGGGUUCUUUUGAUCACCGUUUAUCUGCCCUUGAAUCAGCCAUGCGUCCAACUCAGAUAAGGACACAUGGUAUACGUAGAGCUCAUGAGAACAUUGAUAAGACCUUGAAGGCUGCUAAUGUUAUAUUGAACAAAUUCGAUCUUUCUCGUGAGGCUGAGGCUAAAAUACUUAAAGGCCCACGUGAGAAUCUUGAAGGCUAUCUUGAAGCUAUUGAGCAACUAAGAAGCAAUAUUCGGUUUUUUACCGACAACAAAAGCUUUAAGAGCAGCGAUGGGGUGGUCAACCAUGCGAAUAAUUUGCUUUCCAAGGCUAUCUCCAAAUUGGAACAUGAAUUUAAGCAGCUAUUAUCAUCAUACAGCAAACCUGUGGAACCCGAUCGGUUAUACGAGUGCCUACCUAAUUCUCUAAGGCCAUCAUCUGGAUCACCUGACCCGAGUGGCAAGAACCCUUCUAAUAGCCGUACGGGUCCCACCACUGCAGAAAACGCUGUUUAUAAUCCUCCGGUUCUGAUACCACCUAGGGUUCUACCCCUGCUUCAUGAUUUAGCUCAACAUAUGGUGCAUGCUGGUCACACUCAGCAGUGUUUGAUUAUUUACAGGGAUACGCGUUCUCAAGUCCUGCAAGAAAGCCUUCACCAAUUGGGAGUUGAAAAGCUUAGUAAAGAUGAUGUACAAAAGAUACAAUGGGAGGUUUUGGAGCUCAAAAUUGGGACUUGGAUUCAUUUUAUGCGAAUUGCAGUAAAAUUAUUAUUUGCUGCUGAAAGAAAAGUUUGUGAUCAAAUGUUUGACGGCAUUGAUUCCCUUAAGGACCAGUGUUUUGCUGAUGUCACUAAAGGUAGUGUUGCAAUGUUACUUAGUUUUGGAGAUGCAAUUGCCAAAAGCAAAAGAUCACCCGAGAAAUUAUUUGUGCUUCUUGACAUGUAUGAGAUUAUGCGCGAGCUUCACUCCGAGAUUGAAACACUUUUUAGCGGUAAAGCGUGCAAAGAGAUUAGAGAAGCAGCAGUAGGUUUGACUAGAAGACUCGCCCAGACAGCAAAAGACACAUUCGGAGAUUUUGAGGAAGCAGUUGAAAAAGACGCAACAAGAACGGCUGUUGCCGAUGGAACCGUUCAUCCUCUUACAAGCUAUGUGAUUAACUAUGUGAAAUUCUUAUUCGACUAUCAAUCAACAUUGAAGCAACUAUUCCACGAGUUUGAAAACUCAAACGACUCGAACGCUGAGCUGGCGUCUGUAACAAUGCGAAUAAUGCAGGCCCUUCAAAUCAAUUUAGAAGGAAAGUCAAAGCAGUAUAAGGAUCCUGCAUUGACCAACUUGUUCUUAAUGAAUAAUAUUCACUAUAUGGUUCGAUCCGUGCGCAGAUCUGAAGCAAAGGAUUUGUUAGGGGAUGACUGGGUGCAAAGACAUAGAAGAACCGUACAACAAUAUGCUAAUCAAUAUAAAAGAAUCGCAUGGGCCAAGAUUCUACAAAGUCUCUCAGUUCAAGGUUUGACUUCAUCAGGAGGUGACGGUGGAAACAGUAGCGGGGCUUCACGAGCUCUUAUAAAAGACAGAUUAAAGAUUUUUAAUCUUCAAUUUGAGGAACUUCAUCAAAGGCAAUCUCAGUGGACUGUUCCUGAUUCGGAGCUUAGAGAAUCGUUAAGACUUGCGGUUGCUGAAGUCUUGUUGCCUGCAUACAGAUCCUUCAUUAAACGUUUUGGGGUUCUUGUGGAAAAUGGGAAGAAUCCUCACAAGUACAUAAGGUAUACGGCGGAGGAUCUUGAUCGGAUGCUUGGUGAAUUUUUUGAGGGUAAGACUUAAAAAAUGCAUCUGCAUCAGGGUGACAAAAGGGUAUAUGUGUAAUUUCCAAUCUACCCUUUUUUAAAGGUGUUUUGCCUCUUAUAAAACUACUUUGCUUAAUUUUGUAUAGAUUAUAAAGAAGAUGAGAUUCGUGUUUUUUGUGUUGUAUGCUAUAACAGAAUUUCAAUACUAUUUUUAUGAUUAUAUAGUAUAUGAGUAUAUUCGGUUUA